UAAAAUAUGGUGAUCACGAAUAAUUUAAUUUCUCUACUUAUAGUAGUAAUGCUCCUAUUGCAACAGAGCAGUGCGAGCUGUGCAGAAUGGAAACAACUUGAAACAACCUGUAGCAGCUACUGUUUCAAGGUCUUGAGACCUGUAUUAGAUCACACAAAGGCAUUGCAAGGCCAAGUCAAUGAUUCAAAGCAUCAAACUGAAUCUCUGACCAAACUUGAGGACCCUGAGAAGUUGACACAGGAAAGGGCAGAUGUUUACUUUAAAAGAUUGGAGCAAAAGUUGGAAGAACUGCGUAAAAUGAUUGUCAAGCAACAUGGAGAUUUUUCAGGAAAGUUCCAGAGCAUUGAACGUGAACUGGAAAAAAUUGAUGAGCUUGAAAAAAAACUGGAUCAAAUCUUGGAAAAUCAAAACAACGUUAUUCAGAAGCGGGAUGAUAAUUUAAAGCAGAAACUGGAUUCUAUGGCUAAAGUCGAAAAUAUUAAGCAACUGCAGGAUAGGUUGAAUAUAUUUGAAAAAAAGUUUGAUCAGAAGCUUGAGAAUAUUGGCAAAUCAACUGAAACAACAUUGCAGAAGCAUGUAGCAGGCUUAACGGCGAAAUUGAAUGAUUUACUCAAAGUAAACGAGGUUAGGAAGAAAACUGUUAGGAAACCAUUUCAAAAAAUCGGUUCGAAAUAUUAUUAUAUUGAGAGAACUGAAAGAGUCAACUGGUUUGUCGCAGCUCAUAAAUGUCUGCAAUUUGGAGGACAUCUGGCGAGUAUUCAAAGCUCAUCGGAGGUAUCGGAACUGAACACUCACUUGCCUAAUGGCGAUUUUUGGAUUGACAUCAAUGAUCUGGGUACGGAGGGAGUUUAUCUUUCGGCAACCACAGGCUUUCCUGCAAGCUACUUCAAUUGGAAUAAAAGAGAACCGAAUAAUUUAAACAAGAGUGAGCACUGCGUCAUACACAGUAAAAACUAUCAGAUGAACGACGAUGUUUGUAAUAAAACUAAAAUGUUUAUUUGUGAGUUUGAAAGUGUAAAUGAAAAUAUAAAAUAAACUUCCAUAUAAUUCGAUAUUUCAGAAAUACAAAAUAAUUUUUUUUUCGAGUUCGACAAAAAAAAUGUUGCAUUAAAUAUAGAUUAAAUAUAUGUAAAUAGGUAUCGGAAUCUGAAAAAAUCGAUCGCUCAUUGGUGCAUGAUAAAAGAUAAGAACAAAAUAGAUUGUUUAGAGUUUUAAAACUCUGAUAUUAGGCUGGUUUGUAAGAAAGCGGUUUAUCAUUGAUCAAUCAAAAGACGUGUAGCUAUUACUGAUUAAAUUUACAAAUUUAAUGCAGAGCCUGAUGGCGACUUAUAAUAUCGCAAUAAUGCACAAAAUGAUUUAUGCUAAUUGUAAGUCAAAACAUUUGUUUAUCUGUGAGAUAGAAAAUGUAUAUUGAAUGGUAACAAUAACAUAAUAACAUUUUGAUCUUAAUAUUCAAUAGAAUUUUGUAAACACUGUCAAACAUAUUAUAA